AAGGCGUAGCUAUGGCGGUGCCUUUUUUGAGCAUCAACGGUAACAUCUUCGUACAAACUUCACUAUUUGUUUCGCGUUUGAAAUCUGCCUCAAAUCGAUCUCUUCCAAACCAAUUUUGCUUCCGGAUGAGAAGGGAAAUUCAAAGUGUUUGGACUUGAAGCCUGGGAAAUAUAUUCAAAUUGGAGGAAGGAAUCUGACAGAACGAAGCUCUCAUUUGAUUUCUGAAACGGAGAUCUUGCCCGACGGAAAGUAUGGUGGCCGUCAAGGGGAGAUUGAACUCAAUUACGGAGAAAGUGACCCAAGACAAGAAAAUUAGCAACAAGGGUGAAGCAAAGAAAUUCAAGAUUUAUGCGGAAGGUGAGAAAGCCAAAAACCGUGACACUGUCAACAAUGCUGCAAAAGGAAAAUCAAUUCUGCGUGACAGUGGAAGCUAUUUUACGAAUGUUGGCAAUUCGAAGAGUGGCAUCAAGAAUUUUGAGAAGGGGAAAAGCAAAGUAUAUAAUUCUGGAGAGUCAGACGUUGGAAGAAAAGUUUUGGCUGAUAUCAGCAAUGUAAGGGGCAGUUUCUUGAAAUCUCAACAAGGAAAAUACACUAGGCCUGGGAAGGGCAAAAGUGAGAUUCUGUUGCGUCCACAGAGAAACCGCAAAAGUGAGAUGAUGUGUCGAGAAAGUCACUUGGAUGCUGCUGGCUUGGGCAACAUGGAAGGAACUUCAUCGAAGAACUCAUUAAGGGGAAGCAGUAGACCAGGCCUGAUUCAAGCUACUGAAGGCAAUCAAACUUUAAAGAAGUCUAUCAGAAAAACUGUCACCUCACACGAGCCAAGUACCAAAUUUCAAGGCCGUAGCAUUUCAACCACAAAUGUUGGGAAAUGUGUUAAAAAGCCACCCUAUUUGACAAGAAAAUCCAUGCCAGUAUUAAAGCAGACCAGACAGAUAGAAACAAGCGGCUCGGCAAAGAAAAAUUCUGAAAAAUUAUCUAGAAGAAAACCUGGCUUCCCUGUUAAACCCAGGCAAAGUUCUGCACCAAAGACAAGCAAUCUCAAUCACCGACCUUGGGGAAAUAGAAUCAGUGAUGGAUUUGUUUUAUUGCAAUCAAGAUCUCAAACUAAGUUGAAAUCUGGAGCCUUAUCAAGAAAGUCUAUCAAACCUGCUGAGAAAUCUACCAACACAGCGCUUACGACUCAGGUGAAUUCAAGAUCAACUCAUAUGACUAUCAAGAAAUUCAGGCCUGAGCCUGUUGAUAUACACAAGAGAAAGCAGGAUAGUUCUUCCGUGUCCAAGGACAUUCCUGUGGACCAAGUUGAAGCUGCUCCAAAAGAGGAUACUUCUGGAAGUGCUCUGCCAAAAAGAAAAUCUGGUCGAAGAAGUUCAUUUAUUUCUUCGUUAAUGUCUACAUCAAAGUCCCUUAAGGAAUGUGGCAAAGUUACUCCUCAGGAAGCAUUGCCUAGUAUUUAUAACGAGCUCAACCCUCUCGAAGUCAGUGAUUAUGUGGAUGAUAUAUAUCAGUACUAUUGGGUUAUGGAGGGACAAAAUUCUUUACUGAAGGACUACAUGUCCAUACAGAAAGAUGUUACACCAAAUAUGCGCGGCAUACUGAUAAAUUGGCUUAUUGAGGUUCACCAGAAAUUCGAUUUGAUGGAAGAAACUCUAUUCCUCACUGUCACGCUCAUAGAUCGGUACCUAUCCCUUGAGGUUAUUAAGAAAAAUGAAUUUCAAAUGGUUGGCCUUACGUCUCUUCUAUUAGCUUCAAAGUAUGAAGACUUUUGGCAUCCCCGGGUUUCCGACUUGAUAAGCAUAUCGGCUGAGUUAUAUACAAAGGAUCAAAUGCUUGAAAUGGAGAAGAUGAUUUUAAAGAAACUUAAGUUCAGGCUUAACGAACCAACUCCCUAUGUCUUCAUGCUCAGGUUUAUAAAGGCUGCACAAUCAGAUAUGAAGUUUGAACAACUUGCCUUUUACCUCAUCGAGUUAUGCUUGAUUGAGUAUGAAGUGUUGAACUUCAAGCCAUCGAUGCUAUGUGCUUCUGCCAUCUAUGUUGCACGAUGCACAUUGCUGAUUUCCCCACCAUGGACACCCCUCCUCACCGAACACACACGCUACAAAGAAUCUCAAAUCAGGGCUUGUGCCGAACUGAUUCUUAAGUUCCACAAGGCAGCCAAAACAGGUCUGCUGAAAGUCACAUACGAGAAAUUUAUUACUUCUGAUCGCUCCAAGGUUGCGGCUAUAAGUCCCCUAGACAGGCUUCCUUUAGUUUGAUUCAGAUUUGCAGUGUUCUUCAUGGCUAUAUCACUUCCACACAAAUAUAUAAGAAGAAAUUAAACUGAUGCUGCUAGUCAUGUAAACGGGGAUGUAUACGUUGCUUUUUCAAGAUUCAAAAUGGUGGUAUGAAUUUUAUUACAUCGCCUGAGGAUCUAUAGCUUUAGAAUCUGUAUAAGCUCAUACUGUUAUGAUCACUCGGCCUAUGAUUUCUUGACUACUGAAUCACUUAUAUUCAUUCCAACUAUUUAGAUAUGAGAUUCCAUGCUAUCCUAUCCUACAGUUUGCCUGUAAACAUCAAAUCUACAUAGUGAGUGUAUUGUGAUAUUAGUAUUGUUUGUAUCAGCUCUUCAUUUA